UUGGGUGGCUUAAACUUCAAGUUAAAAGCAAAAAAUACAACAUUUUGACCUAUCCUAAAUAUUAGAGUCCCCGAUGUGUCACUGACUAUGUCGUCUCUGUCUAUUUAUACAAUGCUCGCUAUCAACCAACACUACAAAUGGAAUAGUCGACAUGCAAACCAACAGCUUACUGAAUCCCACAUUCAUAUCGCAGCCAUCCACUCAGUGGGAGAUGAAUCAAUUCGAGUGGUCGAAUACUAGCUGGCAAACACAAAUCGGCAGUGCUUUGGCUACUCCGGACAGCACCAGCGGGAUCAUAUUUGAUGGUACACUUUCACAAAUCAUUGAGCUGUCUGUUGCGGACGAGUAUAUCAUGUCGUUGGUAGGCUUGAAUCUCACCUAUGAAUAUCUACAAUCCCAAUAUGGCGGUGCUCUUCCGAUUUCUAAUUUCACUUUGAGACCGGAUGAACUAGAAUUUGCGGUUGCAAAAGCAGCCGCACAACUCGUCUGGCUAGCGGGACAACUGGGCACGGCGAAUGGAGGAGUUGAUCCUAGUAAUGGGACAGCCUAUGUUCAUGAGGAGUUCAUUACCCUACGCCUCAAUGUAAGUAAAUUGCACGGAUGCUGUUUUUAAUCGACUGAUGAAGUAUUGUACAUCAACCUACUUCCUUUGGCUUUUGCGGCGCCUGCGUCGGUGAUCAUGUUGGGACUGGCACUACACAUGACCCGAGCAUUCGAUGGAUCGCACGACACUCAGGCUGCUAUCCCAGAUAUAGGUGUACUGCAACUCUUGUGGUUGGGUCAUUGUUCAGCACCUAUCAACGAAGUACUGGAAGACGU